AUGUCUCAAGCUAUUGGCAAGACAGCACUAGCUUAUGCGCGAGUAUGGCAUCUUGUAGAUGCAAAGCAACGCAUACUCGGUCGCUUAGCUACACAAAUUGCAAUAACACUCAUGGGCAAACAUAAACCAAUAUAUGAUCCAGCAUCGGAUUGUGGAGAUUAUGUGGUAGUCAUAAAUGCAAAAGAAAUUGCAGUAACGGGUCGGAAAGCCGAACGAAAGUUAUAUAGACACCAUACUGGAUAUCCCGGUGGGCUGAAAGAAAUUAAUUUCAAUCAGUUGCAACAGAAGAAACCAGAAGAGAUAAUUCGAAAAGCAGUUUCCGGCAUGUUACCAAAAAAUAAAUUACGGAAUGACAGACUGGCUAGGUUGCUCAUAUUCCCGGAUGAGAAACAUCCGUAUGAGCAUAAUAUCAUGAAAAUUCAUGACCCCGAACUGGCAAGAAUUCUCGCGCCAGAAGGGAUUGAUCACAAGGCAACGGAAAAGCCAAAUAUAGAGACGACAUCUUCACCGGCGAGCAAUAUAGCAAAAGACAAUUUGAUAAGCGGAAAUAACACGAAGAUAUCUCGGCCAUACAGAACUUGGCCCAAGAAUCCCAAGGCAUAUAUUCCACAAUGA